AGCUACUCUUUUUGUUGCAUUAGAUAGAAGAGCUCAUAAAUCAUUGAAAUUAUAAAAAUGCAAACGUAAAUUGAAACUACAGUAAAAAAAGGAAUUCAUUGUUAGUUGCAGAUGUGGAAAUAAUGGGAUGAAGACUGAUUUAAACCAAGCACAUCAGCUUUCGGUUCACUGGUUUUUGUACGAAUGUUGGCAUGCACCGAGGGAAAGAUGCUUUGUUACCACACCAUUGGAAUGAUGGCAAGGUGUUCAAGUACAAGGUCACCAAACAGAAUUGUUUGUGGACCUUCAUGCUGGUCAUUGAGACAAUAAUUUAUGGAUCGUACUCAAUUUUGGUGAAUCUUGGAAAGGAGAAUGGUAAACUGCCAUUCAAAUCUGGUUCAGUGGUUCUUCUCAUUGAAUUUACUAAGUUGAUGACAUCAUGUGUGAUGUAUAUCCCAGAGUUUGCAAAGGGCAGGUGCAAAUUGCCGAAAGUUCCAUGGAAGUCUCUGAUCUCAUUUUCUAUUCCGGCAGCAUUGUAUAUGUUCAACAACAACAUAGCACUCUACAUGCAGCUUCAGAUGGACCCUACCACAUUUCAGGUCCUGAACAAUCUGAAAAUUGCUACAACAGCUCUGCUUUACAAGCUUGUAAUCAAAAGAGAAAUAACAAGACUACAGUGGAUAGCUCUUAUCCUCCUCACCUUUGCGGGUAUCUGUGAUAGGUCCUUCUCAGCUUUGCAGGUGUCUGUGAUAGGUAGGUUCACAUUCUUUGGUCCUCCUUCCCUUUGCCCUUUGCAGGUAUCUGUGAUAGGUAUCUGUGUUAGCUAUGGAGGAUACAAGGAGACCACAGUGACAGGCAUGCAACAAGUGUUUAUUACAACACAUGGUCUUAUAAUGGUGCUCCUGUCCAAUGUGUUCUCAAGUAUUGCUGCUGUCCAUACUGAACUUAUUCUCAAAUGUCAUUUUUACGGUGGAUUUGUAGAUCAGAAACUUGACCACCAUUCCUUCCGAAUAUUUAUCACUGUUACAGGCUUACUGAUGAUGUUUAUAUAUUGUUCUGUGUCUGGAUUUGCUGCUGUGUAUACAGAAUAUUUGCUUAAAAAACGGAAAUCUACCUCCCUACCUCUACAGAAUAUAUUACUGUAUGCAUAUGGAACCUUCCUAAAUGCUAUUACAGUGUUAUGGCAGACGAGCACAUACACAGGGGAAGACCAGGGUUUCUUCCAAGGUUUCACUGUAUAUACAUGGCUUAUAGUCAUCACACAGGCUUCCAAUGGGUUAAUUAUGUCAGUGGUGAUGAAGCACGGCAGCAACUUAACGAGACUGUUUAUCAUAUCAGGCGGCAUGCUCACCUCGACCAUGUUGUCUGUGUUUGUGUUCGAGACAGUUAUCAAUGUGUUCUUCAUCAUAGCGGCAAUUCUAGUGAUAACAGCAAUAUAUUUGUAUCAUCAUUGAUAUAUUGGAACAAUUAUAUUAUUUCAGAUUUAUAUAGUACCCUUUUCAUGAUAAACACGUUCAAAGGCACUUUACAUAGAAGUAAUACUAACAGGUUUUGUUGUUUUUUUACCAGGAGGGAAGGGGCCCAGGCCUGUGAUUGGGGGG